AAGUCAUUGUGUGACAAUGUUCUACGAGGCGUGACGCGUACGUUUUAUAUACAUGUAUAAAUAGCAUAAUAUUGGCGUAACCUACGUACGUCAUUACAAUCAUCGAUUUAUUUGAACCAAGCCACAGACUAAUUGUGUGUAUGCUUUCCGGAAGUAAAUAUCCACAUGUGUUGGUUUUACAGAUAUCAAGGUUAACAUUAUGGUAACAAGGAGAAGGACUGCAUCAGUUGUCGACGUUUCCGUGGUAACCAACCAUUCAGCGAGGUGUGUGUGUGUGUGCUUCCGAGGCCUUGAGGACUAACUAGGGGUAUCCGUCUGAGGUCCCAAAAUGAAGUUUACAAGAUUUUAUAAGAGGUGGGAAGAAAAACUAGGAACACCCUUCGAGAAAUAUGGAGCAAUGGUAUCGAGAUAUCCAUGGCAUAUCUUGAUUGCCUGUGUGACCAUCAACUGUCUGCUUGGACUAGGGCUGUUCCGGAUAGAGAGUGAAACAGACACCGAAACGCUGUAUACACCCCAAAACAGCCAGUCCAAGGCAGACCGGGCCGUCGUCAGGAGUAUCUUCACCGACGACAAGUCCGGCUCGAACUUCUACAGCAAGAGCACUACAGAGCAAAACAUGUACGCUGACAUUAUUAUUAAACCUAAAGACGGUUCUAACGUCCUAACAACGACGUACGUGGAUGAAACCGAAAGGAUAUACAACUACAUUAACACCAUGGUAAACGUUACCAUCGACGGCACUACUCUUAGUCUGGCGGACGUUUGUGCCCUGCGAAGCGGAAGCUGUGUUGUUGAUGGGGACUUUGUUUUCAGUACAGCCUUCCGCACAGCAAUGGCGUCUAACACCAUUAGCUACCCACUAUUUAAUUUUGAAUAUCUCAGUGGGGCUUUUGGGGAUGCACAGUCGUCAGGAGGCUACCUCACUUCCGCUAAAAUGGUUAGGUUGAUUUUCUAUCUGAGACAGGACACAUCAACAGCAUCUUCACGGUCCACGGACUGGGAAAAAAAGUACAUAGAGAUGCUAGAAACGGUCUCCUCCUCUUUGGUUGACAUUGCUUAUUCAACAUCAACAUCUUUGGAUGACGAGUUGGCGAAGAAUGUGAACGGAGAUAUCCUGUACUUUGCCGUUACGAUGGCAAUGAUGUUGAGUUACGCUGGAUUCGCCACUUCCGGCGGAGACUGUGUUUCCGACAGACAAAAUCUGGGCCGCGCAGGUGUGGUCGCAACAGGAAUCGCUAUCCUUGGAGGGUUUGGCCUGGUCAGUGCCGUUGGUGUUAAGUUUGUCAGUAUCGUCGGAACGCUUCCCUUUCUGAUCAUAGGUAUUGGUCUGGACGACAUGUUUAUCCUGAUGUCCUGUCUGGCGGACUGUCCAGUGAAAGGGACGAUUGAAGAGAAGCUCAAAGAGACGAUGAGAACAGGGGGCGUGGCCAUCACCAUCACAUCUAUCACCGACUUUCUGGCGUUUGCCAUUGGUGCAUCAGCUUCCUUUAUCAGCGUCAGGAACUUCUGUCUGUAUGCAGGAGUCGCUGUCCUAUUCUGCUACAUCAACCAACUGACCUUCUUCCUUCCCUGUAUGGCGAUCAAUGAACGCCGAAUGGCCCGACACUACCACUGUGGAACGUGUCGUCCUAUAGAAACUCGCGAGGAGUUACGAGCGAAGGGGAAACCCGGUUGCCAUGUUUUUUGUUGUGGUGGACAAGUUCCGAGGAAAAGGAAUGACAACGAGAGUCCUUUAGAAAAAUAUCCAAAGCUAUUUUUUCAAAAUAUCGUUCAAAGUUUACCAGGAAAGAUAACGAUAGCAGUGCUUUUCGUCGCUUAUUUGGCAGCAACUGUUUACGGUAUAACAAAUUUUAAGCGGGGCCUGCUCCUCAGUAACUUAGUGAAUGAAGACUCGUAUUUUUACACCUACAGUAAGCUCACAGAGGGCCAUUUCACCUCGGAGAUCACCAUAGGGUUUACAGUAACGUCAACUCAGACCUACUCUGACGCUACUAUCCAAAGUCGUAUUUCCGAUCUGUUAUCGAACGCCAGAGCUGACGCUGACAUUAAUCCGAGUGUAACUUUUGAUUGGCUCACGGACUACAAGAGUUCCGGGUAUUACAGUGCUGUCAGUGAGACAAGCUUCAUAGCAGGCCUAAAAACUUUCCUAACAACCCGACCGGACCACGCCAAUGACGUAGUCAUCAACAGCGCUGAAACGAACAUUGUCGGUGCGAGGUUUUUCGUUUUGACAAACGAUCUACCCGAUUCUGAAGAAAGAGGAAACAUAAUGCUACAAAUGCGUGAAGUAGCAGACAAUUCUCCUCUUCCAGUAGUUUGUUUUUCUUGGCCGUUUAUAUAUUUUGACGAGUACGCUUCAGUUUUCUCGAUAACUUUCACAACAGUCGGUGUGGCUAUAGCCGCGAUGUUUGUGGUUACAUUGCUGUUUAUGCCUCAUCCUUUACUUGUUGUUUGCGUCACCGGUACCAUGGUGAUGAUAUGUGCCGGCAUGUUUGGGUUUAUGCAUUUCUGGGACCUCACCCUGAGCUCGAUUACUAUGAUCGAUAUUGUCUUGAGUAUCGGAUUUUCCGUCGAUUUUAGUGCGCAUAUCUGUCAUGCAUACAUUACAGUAGACGGUGCCACACGAAAGGAACGUGUACAUAGAGCGUUAGAUCGUGCUGGUGGCCCUAUCAUCAACGCCGCCAUUUCUUCUAUUAUGGGGAUUGUGGUCCUCGCAUUCUCAUCCUCGUAUAUAUUCAAGAGUUUCUUUAAACUGAUGUUCUUAGUUAUGGUAUUUGGGCUAGCGCAUUCGUUGUUGUUACUUCCGUUGAUAUUUUCAUUGGUUGGACCUGUUACGGAAGUAACAGUGACUCCCAAACCAAGCGUCACAGAUGUGAACGUCUCGACAAUUAGUGUGCCGUCAGACCAACAAACGAACGAUGAUAUUAACAAACCAGACAAAACAGAACUGGAUAAUGGGGAAGGCGUAUACAAUGAAAUAAUACCCCAGAAAUCGGAACUGGAUAAUUGGGAAGACAUAUUCAUGACGAUACCAAAUGGUUCGACUCCCAAUGUUACGAUCUCUACCAAUCUCUGAUGCGACUAAAUCAUAUUUUCAAAGUACAUGUAGUAAGCUGUCGGAAUCCCGCAUACUCAGGAAAGGUCACUUUUGAUCAAAUAAUCCUCCAAGCGGAAAUAGUGUCCUAUCAAUACACUUUUCACUUACUAUUUCGUUAUGAAAUCCAUAGCAUCGUCAAUGACUCAUUGUUCCACCGGCAGGACUCGCCAUCUCCGCAUUAAUUAGAGUUAGUUGCUCUCACGUAAAAAGAUGAUUUUUGCCUACUCAGAUAACGGGAUUUAAGUUUGUUCAUUCGAAUGAAUGGAAAACAUUGGAAAUGGUUGCCGUCAAAGAAAUAGUGUGAUUCUCUAUUCAUGUAGAUUGUUAUUAGACUAUAUGCAAGUGAGUUAAACAGUCGAGAUGUUUGUGAUAUCUAGAAAACGCAAUGUUGUUCAUGCUUUAUAAUUUGUGUUAAUUUAUUGGACUUUGUCUUUCGUCUGUUUUGCACCUAGCAACGGGUAACGGUCACAAUGUUUUAUUUUCUCUUCGUUGCAAAUAGCAUAAGUCAUCUCGAAACUGGAAAUGAACCAAGUCCUUAUCAAUAAAUAAGGCCGGGUAUCCGAACAUAAUGUAGACAAAGGGUACCGAGCUCUAUAGGAACGGCUGGGCAAAAGUGAGUAGAGGAGUUCGUAGAAAUGUAGCGGGCACAUAUACUUAAACACUGAGGCUGGAGAUAGCAUCGUAUUGUUUAUGUCCACAAACAUAAAGACAUUACGCUACUGGUAAAGUUAAGUCAUACCACACUGAUAUAUAUUUCAUAGGCAGAAAUGUAACUAAAAAUAUAUCUUUUUAUGAAUACUUGAAAUAAUUUACAUGUUUAUUUAGAUGUUUGUUUUCACAGAUUCAAAGGUAAUGUCAGAAAUCAUACUCCGUGUCCAUAGUGCUUAAACAUUCUUUAGGUUCUUAUUGCGUUAGUGUGUUUCCACUGGUUUGCAGUGAAACAUAUCAACGACUCCUCCUUACUAAUUUAAACUUGACAAUUUCGGCAAGUCUGUGCUAUUUCAUUAAUUGUUAUUAAAUGUAUUACAGGUGUUAUUAUUAUCUUGAGUGACCAUUGACCCUACAUGAACACAACGAAUGGUGUGUUCAUCCGACAUGGGACAUGCUGCAAUUACAGAAAAUAUAUGUACAUAAAGGUCAAUUAAGUAACCGGUAAUGCAUUUCAGAGGUGUAUUGCUGAACCUUUAUGAAAGCAUUAAUUCGCGUUUGGUCUAUUAACUUUGUGCAUAAUAAGAUUUUAUCUUUAGACUCAAUCACUACAUAUUAAACGGAAAAGACUGGUAUUGCAUUCCAGGAAUGUUUACACGAAUUUCUCCCUUACAAUCACUGCUGAUUGGUAAAUAUUCCCCACUGUGGUACCGAGUAUCAGGCCUUAUACAAUGUAAUGAGCCGAUUUUUUUAAACGGGCAGAGGCCAAUCAAAUUGACAAGUACUGACGUAUUUGGUUUGUUUUGGAAACUAUGAAGAAUUCCGGAACAUGAUUUAUGUUCUUUAUUUUAACUUUGAAGUAUCUUUACAUUUAUUCUAUUUUUGUUUUUAAUUUAAACUAAUCUUAAGUAUGUGAGUUGUAUCGUUUGUUUGUAAAACUCUGAAGAAUUCUUACCAUUUUCCACAUUAGUUUUGAAACUCUGAAGUAUUGUGGAACAUGUUUUAUUUUGUUUAUUUUAUAAAAAUAUGAAGUAUUUUUUACCAUAAUUUAUUGUUUUCAUAUUAAAAAAUGUUUCCUUCAGAUUCCUAUUGGCAACCUUAGGAACAGUACGAUCACCUAAUAUGAUGUUCCAUGGUAACGUAAUGGCUCUUUCAAUGGUCUCAUUAUGCGGUACCAAGAUUGAUUCAAAAAGGUCGCCAGUAAGUUGUGGGAAGAUGUAUGUA